GACAAUGGAGAUUCAGCUGCUGCAACCCAAAAGAAACGAAGCAUCAGGAUAUUUAUUAAUCAGCAGUCAACCUGUGUUUUUUCCCCACAUUUGUUUGUUGUUUUGUCUAACUUACACACGUAUGUGUAGUGAACGUCCUAGAUAAAUCACAAUCUACCUAAAAGUGUCUGCAUAUCUAAGACAUAAUGGACAUACAGUAUGCAUGAUGACGGAAUGUCUGUAAUUCAGCCAAAACGUCAAUUUAUGGGAUUUAUGUAAACUUUGAACUCACUUAUUGAAUUUACAAAUAAUAUUCUUUACAAUUAUUAUACAAUAUGUCUUCAACAAAUUUAACAACGAUGAUUAAAUCAGAAGUAAGCAUUAGUUCCAUACUGGAGAAGAUGUUAUUCAUGGGAUCAUCCUUGCUGGAAGUGAACAGAUGGGUAGUUAUAAUUCUGUUUUCAUUGAGUUUUAUCUAUCUCUUGAAAAGGAGAAGUCCAACCAACUACCCGCUAGGACCCAGGAAGCUUCCCAUUUUAGGGUCCAUUGAUUAUUUUCGGUCAAAAUCACAUCUGAGAUUGACAAACCUAAAGGAUUGGUAUGGUGACAUCUAUAGUAUCAAGACAGGAAAUUACAACACUAUAGUUGUUUGUAGUCUGCAAGGAAUAUUGGAUGGCCUCUCAGCUGAUCAACUGUUUUUUUCAGGACGACCAGACUUUAAAUCCAACGAUAUACUUUAUUUAGGAAACCGUCAGAGAGGAAUAUCAACAGCAGAUAUUGGUUCGAAAACCAAAGUGAAGAGGCAGUUUGUUGAAGAAAGCAUGGAUAGCUAUUGUUCUGCAGCAGGAAAUUGUGUGGAACAGAAAAUUACAGAUGAGAUUAUGAGCCUUAUUUGUUAUUUUCUACAACAGUCUGAUGAGAUAAAAGCAUUUGACCCAGCAGAAAGUUUUAAAUUCGCCCAUCUCCAUAUAAUGCUACAACUUGUGUUUGACGAGCCGUACAGUCCAGAUGAUGAAUCUGUUGAUGUGUUGUUUGAUUGCUUAGAGAAGAGGUUUUCAGCAAAGAAAAGAAAACUGAGUGAUUAUUUUCCUAUUCUUCGAACCUUUAGUGGCGAGGAAUUUAAGGAAAUGGGAGAAAAGAGCAGGAUUCUAUUGAAACAUAUCCGCCAUCAUCUGAACAAGCACAAGGAUACAUAUCACCCAAGUAUCAUGAGAGAUAUGGUGGAUCAGCUGUUAUUAUUCCUGGAAAAUAACGAAGACAACGGUCAAAUUGAGACUGAUGACAUUGAUUAUCUUCUCCUGACAAUAAUGGGGUCAGGGUUUGGGGCAGUGCCUGUCUUAUUAACUUGGUUAUUGGGAUAUAUGGUGGCCUUCCCAGAGAUUCAACUGAAAGUGCAGAAAGAAUUGGACGAGGUUGUCGGGAGAAAGCGUUUCCCAAAUCUAUGUGACCAGCCUUAUCUACCCUACACAUCGGCAGUGAUAAUGGAAGUUCAAAGAAUUGUCACCAUAUACCCCUUCCUAUUGCCUCAUAGAACCAUGGAGAGCUGCAUAUUCCAGGGGUAUGACAUUCCCAAAGAUACACUGAUACUUUUUAAUGUCUGGAGUGUACACCACGACAAAAGACACUGGAGAAACCCAAUGAGGUUUGACCCAAACAGGUUUUUAGAUGACAAUGGAGAUUUAUCAAUCCCAGAUUUCUACUUGCCAUAUGGAGCCGGUGAACGACGCUGUCCAGGAGAAAGCCUUGUUGAUGUUGAAGCAUUCCUUUUUUUCACACAUCUCAUGCACCAGCUAACUUUUACACCUGGACCACAGAUUCCCAACUUAGAAGGAGAAUAUAAUUAUAUCAUAAGUCCUAAGCCUUUCAAAAUUACAUUGAAGGCAAGAGAUUUUUCGUACUCGGAGAAAAUGUUAACAUUCAUUCUUGGCAGCAUUUUGCUUGGACUCCUUACAUUUAUAAUUUUCAUGAAAUUCUUAUCGAAACCUAGUAACUUACCACCGGGGCCUAAACCAAGACUGUUUUUCGGAAAUGAUAUUUUAUUCAAAAAGGAUCCCAAGGGUUAUCUGGAAUUGACGAAGUUGGCUGAGAUCUACGGUGAUGUGUACACGCUGUUUUGUGGUUCAACCAUCAUCGUCAUGGUUAACGGCUACGACGCCAUACACGAAGCGUUUGUGAAGAAAGCCGACGUAUUCACAGAUAGACCCCAGCUGUUCGUACCUCUGGUCGGCGUCUCUAGAGGAACAGGUUUAACAUACAACAGUGGCCAGCCAUGGAAAACACUGAGGAGAUUCACACUUCAGACACUCAGGGACUUUGGCGUGGGUAAGAAAUCUCUAGAAGAGAAAAUUCAAGAGGAGAUCGCAGUCGUCAUGGAAACGUUGAUAUCAUCCAAUGGGAAGCCAGUUCGGAUGAAACCGUGCCUUCUGUCUGCAGCAACUAAUAUCAUCUGCAGUGUUAUGUUUGGGGAAAGGUUCCAGUAUGACGAAGAACGGUUCACACAACUCACAGGUGUUCUGGAAGAAAUCUUCAAAUUGAAUGCCCCUUUCGCCAAGGAAAAUUUCUUCUCCAUAACGAGGUGGUUCCCAUCCGGUCGCCAGUUGAUAUCUAAACGCAGAGCGGCUAUCGAGAAGGUAAAAUCCUACCUGUCUAAAACCAUCACCGAACAUCGGAAAACAUUUGACCGAAACAACAUCCGAGAUUUCAUAGAUCUCUAUCUACAAGUGUGCGAGGAUAAAUCUAACCCAGAACUCUACACAGAGGCCAACAUUUACAAGAUAAUUGUCGACCUAUUCCUGGCUGGAGGGGAAACAACUGGGACAAGUUUGGACUGGUGCCUUCUGUACAUGAUUACCUAUCCUGAUGUACAGGCUAAAUGCCAGGCAGAAAUAGACAAGGUGAUAGGCAAGGGCCGUCCUGUUAGUCUUACUGACAGAGGGACCCUUCCGUAUGUGGAGGCUGCUCUACUGGAGGUACAGAGAAUUGGAAACACAUUGACCUUUUCACUACCGCAUGUUGCCAAAAGAACGAGCGAACUUCAAGGCUACACCAUUCCUAAGGAUGCAAUCAUCAUUGCCAAUCUGUACUCUGCCCACAUCGACCCCAAGUACUGGGACAAACCGUUCGAGUUCUCCCCAGAACGAUUCCUGGAUGAGAGUGGCAGUCUAAGACGGAGAGAUGGCUUUGUCCCUUUCUCAUUAGGUCCACGUCUAUGCAUAGGAGAACCACUAGCAAGGAUGGAGCUGUUUUUGUUCUUCACAAAUUUGCUCCAAAAGUUCCAGUUCAGCAUAGCUCCAGACUCUCCCAAACCAUCCAUGGAGGGUAUCCAGGCCCUAACCUUGACUCCCCUUCCGUAUGAUCUGGUAGCAUGUCCUCGAUGAAAAUCUCAUCUCCCCUCCAAUAUAAUCUAGUGACAUGGCCCUGUUUAUGUUGACUUCCAUACCUUUAGAUCUGUUGGCACAUCCCCAUUGAUAACCUUGUCUCCCUACCAUAUCAUCUAAUGGCACGGCCUUGAUAAUAACCUAGUCUCCCCUACUGUAUGACCAUGGUGGUACGCCCCCAAUGAUAACCUUGCUUAAUUGACACCCAUGCAUGCCUUAAAAUCUGUUGGCACAUCCCAAAUGAUAACCUGGUCUCGAGCUCCCUACCAUAUGAUUAGGUGAACGUCCCAAUGCUGACUUUGUCUCUGUCGACCCACUCUCAUAUGUAUAGCCAUGAUGGCCAUGACUGCAGAGAACUAGACUUGAUUAUAUCUUCGUGUUCAUUUACAUACAUGUAUCACAUUCACUGUCCUGCUUUAUUUCUUUUAUUACCAAAAAUAAAAAAUAUCAUUAAAAAACAAAACACAGUUUUAUGAAUUAAUACAUCAAUUUAUUUUGGAUAUAUAAAACCAUAUUAAUGCAUAUUUUAAAUUUUGGUAAAAUAAAAAAUAAAGCCAUAUGCAUCCUUAUUAAAACAGAGAAAUGCAUCAGUUGGCUGCAGUAAGUUGAAUAUUGAACUAACUUUUAUAAAAAAAUAUUGAGUUGAUACCAGAAAUAAACACAGGUUUUAAUACUUUUGCCAACUGCUUUAAUAUAGAUCAAUGUGACUUGUGUGUAACAUCUAUUUUGAGAUUAUUGAAAGUCACACCAUAUUAAUAAGGGAUUUUUUUCACGUAAAUCUACAAGAAAGAAUGCUCAUCUUUUCAUGGAUAUCCAGUCCAACCUGCCUAUAAAGGUCACUAGACAGAGAAGAGAAAUAUGGCCUUUAUUCACAGGUCAACUUAACAUAAUGGUAAUACACAUUGUUAAAUUUGUUCUAUUGACACUGAAGUUACACUUCCUGUUUAUCAUAUGUAUUUGUGAGUAAAUCCUAGAUAUCAGUAUUGUUUGUUACUGUAUAUAAUACCUGCAAAUAGUAAAUUUUGGGAGUGAGUUUGGGUUAAAUGCUUAAGUGUUUUUUUUUUUUUUUUUGCUGCUUUCUUCUCUUUUUUUUGUAACAUAAUCAAAGUUCACAUUCUUUAUACUUUAAUCAUCAUUGGGCAACCUGCAACACUUCUGUUUACUGAUGAAAAGCCAGGCCCUAUCACUGACCACCAUCACAUAUAAAUCCCCUUUAAAGGGAAAU